AUGUUUUUGUGUGCGUCUAUAUGGUCACUGCGACAAAAUGAUGACAAAUCGGGCGUUGAUCAAUUCCCUCCCCCUUCCUUAAUGAUUCAUUCUACAGAAAUCGGUUACAUAGCGACGUUUACACCUGGCGUCCACGCCGCUCGUGCGUCUCUCAGCUUCUGUUCAACGUCUGACACGCCCACUGACGCUUUCAUUAGCAACGCCAGUCGCUGCAUCAAGAAAACUGACGCUUCUUACAUAGAAUACGUACGCCUAAGUGUAAUUACCAAAAUUCUUUACUUCUUUCUUGAAAUUCUACCAAAUUCAUUUCUUGUCCUUGUGAUCUAUCUAUCUAUCUAUCUAUCUAUCUAUCUAUCUAUCUAUCUAUCUAUCUAUCUAUCUGGGUCUGUUUGCUCCCUCCUCCUCUCUCCGUCUCUAUCGAUAUUCAAACUAUUUCACAUUGUUCAUCUCUCUCCUAUAUUCAUCUAUCUAUAUUCUAUUCAUAAUCAUAUAUCUACGUAUCUAUCUAGGUCUGUUUGCAUCUCUCUCUCUUUCUCUCUCUCUCGAUCUCUCUCUAUCGAUGCUCAAAUUAUUUCACCCUGUUUAAAUCUCUUUCUCCCUAUAUUCAUCGAUCUAUAUUCUAUUUAUAUCUAUCUCGGUCUCCAUUUCAGAUCUAUCUAUCUAUCUAUCUAUCUAUCUAUCUAUCUAUUUCGUCUGGCUAUGUAUGCCUUUCCCUCUGAACUUAGCUGUUACUCUUUUUACUUUUGA